AUGUUUGGAAAUUUGCGUAAAAAACUAAACAACGCUAUCCAAGAUGGUUUUAUCAUUACUGAAAACUUGCAGCAGCAGUAUCGACAAAGACAGGCUUCGUCCACCGGUAGCAGCGCCACUACACCCACCCUAGACGACAGUAUACCCAGCAAUCGCAGUUCUCACUCCUUUGGGCAAGUUUCCCUUAAUGAUGUGAUUCUACCAGCAGAUUUAAAUAUGGCUGCCGGUUGUAAUUUGCUUGCGAAAUAUGAAGAUGAUUGGAGAAUAUUGCAUGUUGCAAAUGAGGAGAACGCCUCAAAAGCGUCACAAGUGGCCGAACAGAUUGAACAAAUUGGACAACGUACAAGCGCACUGCAUGUUGAUAUGACAGAUUUAAUAACCUGUUUGUCGGGUAUACCAGCGUUAGUGGAGAAACUAAGUGAAAGCGCGAAGACGUUGCAAAAGGUGGACGCACUAAGCGCUUCGGUGGAAAUGGAAUUGGAGCGCUUGCAGGAUUUAUGUGAAGAGUGUGAUUUACAGGAGUAUAUGCUGAAUAAACAGUGUGAACUAUCACAAUUUAAGCAGAUGAAAAUGAUUGAAUUAGAAUCAUAUCGUCGGCGUGUUGCUGCUGAACAUCAGGAUAAGAUAAGACAGCACGAGCAACAAUUGCGACGAAUACAGCGAGAACGACAAGCAGUAUUUGAUGAUGCAUUCCGCGGUGAUUUGGCAGAAUUCAAGACAAAGGGGACCAUAACAAAAAUUCAAACAGAAACGCUGCCACAAUCAGUUGCACUUGAGGAAGUUGUGCUGGAAGAUCCUACAACUAAGGAUGCCCUCGAAGAUUUUCUGAACGGAUAACGAAGUUCAAUAUUCCAUGAAUAUGUGUGCAGUUAAACUGACAUUAGUGCCUUAUAGUAGAUAUAUAUUUUGUACAUUGAUAUAUGUAGCAUUGUAAAUACAUAUAUAUGCACAUAUGUACAUAUCGCACACCUAGAUCUAAAGUGCGAUCAACUAAAAAAAAAAAAUUUGGUAAUUUUUUUGCAUAUUCAUAGGACUUACAUCCAACUAAUGGAAAUAUUUUUUUUUCAUGAUUAUAUACAUUAACUAAAAAACUACAGUUAUACCGGUUUUUAUAUUAAUUGCGUUGAAUCUGUACUAUCCACAAGCAGUUAAAUUUCCCUCUAUGAAUUUUGAGUUAGCUCACUUAAAGUCACUUGGAUCUAGGCGUGCGAUAUGUAUGUAUGUAUGUAUGGUGGAUGACAUGCAUCUGACAAUAUACUUGAUGGUAAUUUUUUAAAAAUUUA